UGUGUUCAGCUGCUUUUUCAUGCCACAUCCUCUGGAACGCGCGAUUUGAUUAGCGGCUGAACCACGUGACCAGGAGGUGAGCGUGACGUGAGCGCUGAUAACGUCUCUGACGGAAAGCUGAGGCUCGGUCCGCGGCUGCAUUAGUGUCGAUCCAGGCUGUGGAACUGGCGCGCGCGCGCUGACUUGCUGCGGCUGGUUCGCGCGCUGCUGAAGGACAGGUGGAGCUCUCGCGCGGUUCUGUCUUCAGUCGCGAGCUCAGGUGCAUGUGUAGUAGAAAAGGCAGUGUCAGGUUAAUAGAAAUGUCUCUUUAAUUGCGCUGCUUCCUCCAUGUCCUUCGAUUUUAAUGAGCGGAGCGGUAUCUUCUCCCUUGCACCUGCUCUAUAAGGAUACAUCCUGCCCUGCGGACGUGCCAUCGGACAGCGUACAAGAAUGGAGCAGCACAGCCAGAAAAAUCCUGACGUCCAGUCAUCUUCAGAAGAACUGAAAGCAACUACAGAGGCCUCCAUUCUUGUUCAAGGCUCAGAGAAAUGUUCUUCUGCACCAAGCAGACCAUCUACAGCUCCGGCUCGCCCAAAGAGGCCUCAGAGAACCUCCCGGGUCGAAUCCACUGACAUCUUACAGCCUGAGGACCCAGAGUGUCCUGAAUUCGACCAGGAGAAAGUUGACUCUUUUGCUCUUAACAAGGCCAGUCAACCAUCAGGUCCAGCCCAGCAGCUCCGUGAUGACCUCCCCUGUAGCCCAUCUUCUUUGACUGGACAGGUCCCACAGGUCACGAGGAGCCAGAUCUCCAAGAGAACAGUCUCGCUUCCUCAGGCCCCAUCCUAUAAACCACCUGUCACAGAUCCCACUGUUCUCCCUCAGAGGGCGUUCUCUGUAGCUGGCACAGCUGAUACAAAGCCUCAGACUGAUGAGGAUUUCAGAGUGCACAUAAUCACAUGGAACGUGGGCUCAGCCGUGCCCCCAGAUGACAUCACUUCCUUGUUGGGGCUAAAUGUAGGCGGGGGAAAUACGGACAUGUAUAUUGUAGGAUUACAGGAAGUGAACUCCAUGAUCAAUAAACGCCUGAAGGAUGUCCUUUUCACAGACCAGUGGAGUGAAGUCUGCAUGGACACACUCAGUCGCUUUGGAUACGUGUUGGUGACAUCACAGAGAAUGCAGGGUGUACUGCUGCUGGUUUUUGCAAAGUACUACCACUUGCCUUUUAUCAGAGGCAUACAGACGGAGAACACACGCACUGGUCUGGGAGGAAUAUGGGGAAAUAAGGGUGGAGUAAGUGCUCGGAUGAGUGUGUUCGGACACGCACUAUGCUUCCUGAACUGCCACCUGCCGGCUCACAUGGAGAACACAGAGAAGCGCAUGGAUGAUUUUGAGAGCAUUUUGCAGCAGCAACAGUUUGAAGGUCAAGCUGCCAUGGGAGUCCUGGAUCAUGAUGUUGUUUUCUGGUUUGGGGAUCUAAACUUCCGUAUAGAAGACUUGGAGAUGCACAUGGUUAAGGCAGCUAUUGAUAAUAACAAACUUUCCAUUCUGUGGGAAAAAGACCAGUUGAACAUGGCCAAAGACACAGAGACUGUACUUGAAGGCUUCCAAGAAGGACCUCUGAAAUUCCCUCCUACCUAUAAGUUUGAUGUGGGAACUAACACAUAUGAUACCAGUGGGAAGAAGCGUAAGCCAGCAUGGACUGAUCGCAUUCUUUGGCGUAUGAGGCCAAUGGCUCCAGCAACCAAUGUGUCCAAGCGUAGCUCAAUGUCAGGCCUCACCAGUGGCACUCGGGUCACACAGCACUUUUACCGCAGUCACAUGGAGUACACUGUUAGUGACCACAAGCCGGUCUCCUCCAUAUUCACCCUGCAGUUUCCGUAUAAGGUGGAUAUGUCAUUGGUAACGCUCAUUGUAGAAGAUGAAUGGAGGGAAGUGACUGAUGCUGUGGCGAAAUUUAAGGUGGCACCCAAUUACUCCAGAAGUUCCUGGGACUGGAUUGGACUUUAUAAGGUUGGAUUCAAACAUCAUAAAGACUAUGUAGCUUACACUUGGGCUAAACAGGAAGAGUCAGAUUACCUGAGACAGGAGCACAAUGUUUCCUUUGCAGAGGAGGAGUUACCAAAAGAGCCUGGUGACUAUAUUUUGGGUUACUAUAGCAACAAUAUGAACUCCAUUGUGGGUGUUACUGAGCCCUUCCAGAUUCAGUUGCCAUCACCCAGCACGGCUGGUCUCAGUGCCUCUGACAGCUCAGAUUUUAGCUCUGAGGAUGAGGUCAAGAAGGGCAGCAGUGGCAGCAGUAGUCGCAGCGCCACACCCACUGGGCAAGAAGGAAACUCCCACAAACCCCAUUCCAGACACGACUCAUCACAUUCCACUUCCAGUUCUAAGGGUGGCAGCCCUGUUAAAACAAGGGACUCCUCUGCUGAUCGAGACUCAGGGAAAAACAGUGGAAAGCCAAAAAUGCCUUGAAUGGGCUAAGUGACAUUCUGGAGAUGGCAUCGAGAUAUAAUGCAGGAGCUUUUGCUGUAUCAUGAUGUGAUUUGUUACUUGAAGUCUUAAAUGUGGCAGGACAAAGUUAUCCCUUUAGUUGCACUCUCUCCUAGGAAUUAGGAAAGUGGAGUGAAUUAAAAUCUUUGUCUCUUUAGCAGUAAACUAAAUUUAUGUCAUAGAUCAUUCUCCACUUUUUCCUUUUUCUCCAUUUCAAUCAGAUUCAAAGAGAAUGGUUCAAUUCUCAGACUUUAAUAAAGAGCAAAGCACAUGAGUUAAACAUAUUUUAAAAUGAUACAUAAGGAGCAUUUGGUCUUUACUGUUUCCAGUGUAAUAACUUUUGUAAAUUAAAUCUGCAACAGUGUUUGCUGAGGGCAUCACAGCCUUUCCUAAAGCUCUGUGAAAUGGCCAGGAUUCUUUCACUAAUAAAAAAAAAUGCCUUUCCUGACCACAGCACUACUGAUAAGAGUGCUUUAGUGGUAGCACACAUCAGCCAGUUCUUGAGAAUCCUUUCUAUUUUCUAUCAGUAAACUGACAGGACUCAUCCGAUUUGAUUCUUGUAUUUAAAGGCUGAACAGUAAAGAGCGAUCCAGGUUUAUUUCCAUUAUAAUAAACGUGUACAGAUAUCAGAACAUGAUUCUGUCAAAUGUGAUACAGGUCCUUCUGUGCACUUACCGACUCUCCCAUGUGAAUUGUGCAGCACUGGAAUCAUGUCAUUCAUCCUUGUAGUAGUGUUCCUGUUACAGUAGAUGUCUGAAAGUCAAACCUUGACAGAAAAAUCUAAAGACAUAUUCUUCUCCUUCUCUCAAGAAUCCAAUAAUAAAAUAAAUGUGGUGUCACUUGGUAAUUUAAGGGUACUGUUUAAGCAUAAGCUUAAUAUAGAUAACUGUAGAUUAGGGAAUGAUUUUGAGAAAAUAAAUCAUUUGUGAACAUGAGAAAAAAAACAUACUUCCUGAAUAAAUUAUACUAUAUAAUUUACUUAGAUGUGUGGGAGAGUUUUUGUGCCUGGUUAGAUUUAAGUAUUAAACAGUACUACAUCACUGCUGUAACUAUAAGUGUGGAGAUUCUGUAAAUGCACCGUCUGGUAUUUUCUAGAAUUUGUCCUGUGUUACGAAGAUCUCCCCUCUCUCUCUCUCUCUCUCUCUCUGUCUCUCUCUCUCUCUUUUACUUUCUCUCUCUCUCUCUCGAUAGUGCCAGUGAUUAGCAGUACACAGUGAUAACUUCAGUAGCUGGUAAAUCUCAGUGCACCAGUUAGGACCGGGAGAACUAUUUUACACUUUGUGCUAAGUAAGUGUAAGAGUGUGCAUAUGUCCUUACGUGGGUGACUGUGUAUGUGUAUAUGUGUAUAUGUAUGUGACGGUAUGUCAUGCAAACAAAUUGUGGUAUCAGAUUUCUUGUAAUACUUAGGAAAAAAUGUAAAUGACCCUUAAACUUUAGCUAAAAGGAGCAGGAUGGAAGCGUAGUUUUAUAGGUUUUUUAUUAUUUCAAACUAAAAUAAAAAUUAUGUUGAAAAACUUAUCAAAGCCAUUUGCACAUAACAGUGAUAUACAUUAGUCUAGUGUUAGAUCUAUUUGUUAAUUUUUCACUUGCUAUUGAAGAAUUAAUGGAAUAAUUCCCCUAGUGUAAUAAUUCAAUUCAGUUAUGGUUCACAUGACAUUUCUAAUUUAAGACACUAAAGUCUUUUGGAGAGCUGGAUUACAGCUAGGCAGAUCCUAGUGGGCUGUUCACUGGGCUGUGGACUGUUCAAUGCCCCUGCUCUGGGUAAAAGUAGUGGCAGCUGUAUGGUAAUGUAGCUUUUUGCGGUUUUAUUAUAAUUCUAACAAUCGGCCCUCUGAGAGCAGCAAAAUAAUUUGGGAUAGAACUAUUUUUCUUUUUUUAUUUAAAGGCAGGAAAAAAAACAAUGCUGCCUCCUUAACAAUGCUAUUGUAAUAUUUCUGUUCUUGGAUGCUGAAAACAGGAAAGGUCGGAUCAGAAUUAUGAUUAAGGGUCAGGUUUAGAUCUUUAUUGUGUCUGCAGAAUAGCCCUGACUCUUACCCCUAAGAUAAGCUGUGGAAUCAGUCUAAAUAAAAGUUGUUUAUUUUUUAUGAACUGACAAUCAAUGCCAAAAAAAUAAAUAAAAAUAAUAGUGUUCAUAUAAUGUGAUUAUUG